AGUCAUCGUCCCUCAGUUUGUUGACAGCUCGGUUGAUACAGCGUCGUGUCGCAUAUGGAUUGCGUCAUACUGAGCGUCGCCUAGAUGACGUAGAUGCCAUAAGCGUCUUGCAAUAAACAGCAGCUAUCGGCGUCUGGACUGACCAGUGCAGCAAUGAAUUGGAACAAAGGUGGACCGGGUGUUAAAAGAGGGUUUGGCUUUGGAGGGUUUGCUCUUGGAGGAAAAAAAGAGGAACCUCAACUACCCAACAAAUCGCACACAUCGUUUGUGCCAGCCGGAUCCAGCAGCGGUUACGGGAAAGGCCAACAAUUGCCAUCAUUUUACAAAAUCGGCACCAAAAGAGCAAAUUUUGAUGAAGAAAAUUCAUAUUUUGAGGAUGACGAAGAGGAGGCUGGCAGUAACGUGGAUCUACCGUACAUCCCAGCUGCAAACUCUCCCACACGGCAGCAGAUGAAGUCUGGUGGAGACUCGGACAGCGAGGACGACCCGCUGGACGCCUUCAUGGCAGAAGUGGAAAAUCAAGCAGCCAAAGACAUGCGGAAACUUGAGGAGAUAGAGAAAAAUUGUGCCAAGGGUAUCCGAGAUGACAUUGAAGAGGAAGAUGAACAAGAAGCCUACUUUCGCUACAUGGCUGAGAAUCCCACGGCGGGCCUGAGCCAGGAGGAGGAGGAUGAGAACGUUGAAUAUGACAGUGACGGGAACCCCAUUCCCUCCACCACCAAGAAAAUCAUCAUGCCCCUCCCUCCCAUCGACCACUCCGAGAUCGAUUAUCCUCCGUUCGAGAAAAACUUCUACAAUGAGCACGAGGAGCUCAGCAGCCUGGUUGGUGCUCAGGUUCUGGAGCUGAGGAACAAGCUGAACCUGAGGGUGUCUGGCGCCGCGCCCCCGAAACCCAGCACCAGCUUUGCCCACUUCAACUUCGACGAGCAGCUGAUGCACCAGAUCCGCAAGUCUGAGUACACGCAGCCCACCCCCAUCCAGUGCCAGGGCGUCCCCAUUGCGCUCUCCGGACGAGACAUGAUCGGAAUCGCCAAAACCGGCAGCGGCAAGACGGCAGCAUUCAUCUGGCCCAUGUUGGUCCACAUCAUGGACCAGAAGGAGCUGCAGCCGGGAGAGGGGCCCAUCGCAGUCAUCGUGUGCCCCACCAGAGAGCUCUGUCAGCAGAUCCACGCUGAGUGCAAGCGUUUUGGAAAAGCCUAUUCGCUGCGUUCCGUGGCUGUCUACGGAGGUGGCAGCAUGUGGGAGCAGGCUAAAGCUCUGCAGGAGGGAGCCGAGAUCGUCGUGUGCACGCCGGGUCGGCUGAUCGACCAUGUCAAGAAGAAGGCCACGUCCCUGCAGAGAGUCACCUACCUGGUGUUCGACGAGGCCGACCGCAUGUUUGAUAUGGGAUUCGAGUACCAGGUCCGCUCCAUCGCCAGUCACGUGCGGCCCGACAGACAGACUCUUCUGUUUAGUGCCACGUUUCGUAAGAAAAUCGAGCGACUGGCCCGAGAUAUUCUGGUUGAUCCUAUUCGAGUGGUGCAGGGAGACAUCGGAGAGGCCAACGAGGACGUGACCCAGGUGGUGGAGAUGCUGCCCAGUGGCACGGAAAAAUGGACCUGGCUGACCCGGCGGCUGGUGGAGUUCACCUCGUCCGGCUCGGUGCUCAUCUUUGUCACCAAGAAGGCCAACUCUGAGGAGCUGGCCACCAACCUGACCCAGGAGGGCUACAGUCUGGGUCUGCUUCACGGAGACAUGGACCAGAGUGAGAGGAACAAGGUCAUCAGUGACUUCAAGAAGAAGAACCUGCCCGUCCUGGUGGCCACCGAUGUCGCCGCCCGAGGUCUGGACAUCCCGUCCAUCCGCACCGUGGUCAACUAUGAUGUGGCGCGAGACAUCGACACGCACACCCACAGGAUCGGCCGAACCGGUCGUGCUGGAGAAAAGGGUGUGGCUUACACUCUGCUGACCAGCAAGGACACAUCAUUCGCCGGUGACCUCGUGAGGAACCUGGAGGGAGCCAACCAAGCUGUCUCCAAAGAACUGAUGGACCUGGCCAUGCAGAAUCCCUGGUUCAGAAAGUCCAGAUUCAAAGGAGGUAAAGGAAAGAAGCUGAAUAUCGGUGGAGGAGGACUGGGGUACAAGGAGAGGCCGGGUUUGGGAUCUGACAGCACUGGAAGCGGCAGCAGCAUCUUGUCCUCAACAAGCAGCUUUGAAGGGUUCAGCAAACCAGCGUCGGGAGCGAUGGGAGACCGCAUCUCUGCCAUGAGACAGGCGUUCCAGGCCCAGUACAAGAGUCACUUUGUUGCAGCGUCCAGUGGCCCACCCAAGCUCAGCACCAAGUCCAGCAGCACCUCGGGCUGGACCAGCGCUGGCAGCCUCAGCUCCGUCCCCACAGAAUCGCACAGCAGCUCUGAACGGAGCGCCACCUUCAGCAUGCCCGGCUUCACCAGUGCCGGCUCUCUGAGCUCGGUUCCGGCCAGUGCAGCCGGCACGGCGAACACCUUCGCACCGCCCGCCCCUCCGGCCCCUCCCUCACCCAGAGACAGCGCCCGGGACCGACAUGGAGAAAGUCACCAUCGGGACAGGAGUGAGCGCCACAGUGGUGAGGGCCGCCACGGUGACCGGGACCGCCAUGGAGACAGAGAGCGUGACAGAGAUCGCCACAGUGACCGAGAUCGCCACAGCCGUCACGGAGACAGUCGCAACGGAGACGGAAGUAGGCGGGACAGAGAGGACAGGAGGAGUGAGAGGGAGGACAGGAGUGGUGAGGGGAGGGGCGACAGAAGCGACGAUAGUUUUGCUGUCCCCGAACCGCCGAAGCGUAGAAAGAGCAGGUGGGACAACUAGAAGCAAAAUACAUAUCUGAGGCAUCAUGUCUGAGCUCAUGGUGAGAAGACAGGGGGCGCUAGAGAGGCCAAACCUGAAGACACAACUGUACAUGAAGCAUCACAAGUCGGAACAUCAGAGCUGUGAAGUUUUCCGUUCGUUGUUUUCUGCUUCUAACUUUUUCUAUCAUUGCCAAGUGUUUAACGCGUUGACUCUGCAAGCGGUGCGUCGUGUUUGUGAGCUAGUCUGCGCUUUUGUUCACUUUUAUUUCUCCACUGAGGUUGCAGGAUGAAGUGUGUGUGGAAGAGAGUUCUGUCAGUGAAAGCUGUGUUUGGAUUAAAAUCUUUGACAUCAUGUUUGCUUC